GACGGGGUCCGGCUCGCGAGCGGCGCCGUGAUGCCGGUGGUGGGCUUCGGGACGUACAAGCUGACGGAGGCUGACGUGGUGGACCCCGUGGUCAAGGCGUUGAAGGCCGGGUACCGCCUGGUCGACACCGCGCAGGUCUACGAGAACGAGAGGGGCGUCGGCGCUGCUAUUCGCAAGUCGGGCGUGCCCCGCGAGAGCGUUUUCAUAGAGACGAAAGUGUGGCGCUCGAGCCAUGGCUACGACCGGACCAUGGCCGCGUUCAAGCAGUCCUUGAGGAGAUUGGACGUCGAUUAUAUUGACCUCUAUUCGGGGCGACCAAGACGACAGUGGCGACCAACAGACCGAGGUGCGGCAUAA